AUGGCGUUUCCCGGCGAUGCCGGAGUCGUUGAACAUGGACGAUGGGACCGACUGGAGGUUGAUGUUGGCGAUGAGGAGUAUAGAUGCUUGCCGCUCUCAGGAUGCUGCGCCGUCAGCUCAGAAACCUCUGUUGAAUCAGUGCAGUUGUCUUAUCAUUUUCAAAUGGACUACUCCACCCCAACGAUCACGUACAGGGCGAGGAUCAAAGUCGUAGUCCCCGUCCAGAGAAGGCGAUCGAUCCGCAGAAUGUCGUCGCCCACCGAGUGCUCACUCCGCGAGCUCAGCGAAAAAGAUGCCUGGCAGACGACACUGAGGCAGAAACAGUCGGAAGAGGAAUUGCAGCGGGUGUAUGAGACUCAGAUACUGGCGUACUUGAAUGCCGAUUAUGCGGAUCUUGAAGAGGCGGUGCAGGCUGAGUCAGAAGACGAAGCAGAAGAGUCCUGCUGCUUCAAAACCAGUCUUUCACCGUCCUCUAGAUCGGCCAUUGGAAUCACGCUCAAGCACCUGUGGCGUGUCAGCACCAGCCUCGAUAUCGAUGUCCUUCAAUACAAGAUGAAGAUGGCGAUAUCAGAAUCCCUUUUCUAA